UGAGGGGGAGAGACUCCAGUUAUCGGAAGACCAGUGAUAAUGCAGAGGAGGCGGGCGCUUCCUUAUCGCUCACCUUGAGCUCAGAAAACCUGCCUUUAAAAGGUCGUGCGGAGCCGGCCUGUCGCGGGCAGUGAGGCGGGAGCCCGAAGGUGCGGCGCCGUGUAGGAGGGCAGCGCCGGCGGCCCAUCAGACCUCGCGAGGGUGUUCCGGCGUCGCUGGGGGCGGGCCCGGGGGCGGGGCCUGCCCUCGUUGUGGAGCUGCUCGUAAUCCAUCAUGGCGGCCUCGGGGGUCGGUGUCUGUCCCUGAGAGGCGCUGGACCUGGAGCCGGCUGUAGGGUCCUGCGGCUAAGGAACCCUUCCGCGGCACACCCCUCACUGGCUGGAGAAGCCGGGUCCCUCGGCAGAGUCGGGGAUGUGACUGCUCGGCGGCGGCGGCAGAGUCCGGGGCCGGGGGAGGGGUGUCUCGGGUAGACCCCUAGCUCGGGGCAGCUGAGGCGCCGGGCCUCCUCCCCUGUGGCCGCCUCCCGGUUCGGGACCGCGGGAGUCCUUCGUCCCUCACAGUUCUGCUCUGGCUCUGGGACACCCGGGGUGGUCUCAGUUUCAGCCUACCUGGGACACUCAGUUUCCUGAGGCGUGGAGGAGCGUCGCCCCCGAGUAAGCUGCCCGCGCCCCGCCUGGGGAAGUCUCUGUUUCACCCCGAGGCCGCCCUUCGCUCGAUUCCAACCCCAAGUUUGGCCACGGAGCCCCCCAUUCAAAUCAUCUCCCUGCUGUCAAGCGAUCUCCACGGUCCUCCCAGAUUGCUUCCGCCGGCCUCCGAUGUCCUGACUUCUUCCAAUGUCACCUACAGCCCCAUUGGUCUCAGUGCAGCCCAAAACUUUAAUGCAAAGGAAAAGUCUGGAUUGGUUUCACAGGCCUUUUAAAAAGCGGACUUAGAAGUUGCUGGUCAU